AUGGCCUCAUCUCAAACCGAUCACAACGUCAGCCACGACGAACGCUUCAGACAUGAAGUUUUGAAAGGCUUUGCAGAAGACCUUCAAGACAUAGCAAGUGACAAAGAGAAGCAAGAUCUUCUCAUAUCUAUCAAGAGCUUUGCUUUUCACUUUAUCAAAGAGCCACUCAAAAGACCUAUGGCAGACUUCCUCACCGUACAGCAGAAUCUUGACGCCUUGUGGCAUAUGUUCUUCAAAGCCAGCAUCGCUAUAGACAGUGACAGCUUGUUCCAAGAUCGUCUUGUCCUUCUACUAUUGUGGACAAGACAUUUUGAUCUUGUGUACAAAGAUCUCUACACGGGGCAGAAUAUGGCAGGGAAUUGGGAAUCUUAUGGUUUUGCACAGAGUCUACAGACAUUCUGGGAAGCGCUGAUGAAAGAAGGUUCAGAGGCUGAGCUACAAAGCCUUGCUACUUUUUCUGCCAAGGUCUUGGCUGCUGGUAUAUGCGAGGAAUAG